AUGGCCCGCCGACAGCACUUAACGCUGACUUUUAUACUGGUCCUAGGUGUCUUUUUCACCCUGUCUUAUUUCUUCUCUGGUCCUACGCGCAGUGUCCUUCUUCCCAAACUUCAAAAUGACGUUGAAUUGCCCCUGAACGACGCUUCUCGAUCCGAGUUCGUGGCGGACCUCAACGCUAUGCCUGCGGGUCUCCUCCAGGGCGAGUCUAUUGCGCCUAAGCUUGAAAACGCGACGUUAAAGGCUGAGCUCGGCCACGCGACGUGGAAGUUCCUCCACACAAUGAUGUCUCGAUUCCCCGAUAAGCCGACCAAGGAUGAUCGCAUGGCCCUUGAGACUUUCAUGCACCUUUUCGCCCGACUCUACCCUUGCGGCCAGUGUGCCGAGCAUUUCCGAAAGCUACUUGCUCAAUACCCUCCCCAGACAAGCAGUCGCAACGCAGCCGCUGGAUGGCUAUGCUUUGCUCACAACAUUGUCAACGAGAGGGUACACAAGCCUUUGUUCGAUUGUGAGAACAUCGGAGACUUCUACGACUGUGGCUGUGGCGAUAAGGAUAAGAAGGGGGGUGUCGAGGGCGUCGCGGGUGAGGGACCUGAUCAAGAGUUGCACAAACAUUAG